AUGGAGGAGCAGGCCGGGGCCCCCACCACCCCUUCACCAGAGAGGGUUUCCCCAACAGAAUCCAAAGCCCCUUCCAGAAUAUUCUGGUUCAUUCUUUCUGUCAUUCUGGUCUGUGGAUUGGUCUGCAUCACUGUGGCAGCAGCUCUCAGCUUGACCCAAACUUCGCUCAAGGUGGUCCGGCUAAACUUUCAGAACCAACCUGGGUCCCAGAUGAACCAGUCAGCCAUCAUCAACAAGUCCAAGGAUACAGUGACUUACUGUGUGACUUCCCCAAGCAACCAGACUUCAAUGGUCUUGUUUGACCGCAAGAAUAGCUACGUCUGCUACAAGCCCAUGGGGCAACGCAGCUGCUACCUGCGGAUGAUGGAUGCCUGGGACCGAGAGACUGUGCAGAUGUCCUUCAACCUGUCCGAGCACAGGGUGGACCAGGUGCCCUUUCCCAGCGGGAGGACCCAGUACUACCGGGAGUUCCUGGAGAUCGUGCCAGGGAGGCCAGUGCGACUGGGGGAGGCUGGGGAGGCUGUCCGGGCCCUAUGUGAGCAGGCCCCCAUCUACUGGGUAAAGAGAAAAGAGGGCCCUCCCAAGCAACGGCUGAUCUACCUGUGUAUCGACAUCUGCUUCCCAAGCAACAUCUGUGUCUCCAUCUGUUUCUACUACCUGCCUGAGUGA